AUGAGCGAAUUACCUAUCGAUAACCACGUAUUUCAACGUUGUCAAAUACCCAUUUCAUUCGAAGUCUUUGAUGAUCAAAAUUGGAAUGAAUGUACUACACUCUCUUUAGCUGAUCGUUAUUCAGCUAGGGUUCGCGCUGCAUUUAAUCUCGAAUGGAAUCUUCCUCAAGAUUAUAGAAAUAUUAACGCUUAUGAUAGAUGCAUUGCCAUACCUCCUAAAAUUCCUUACUACAAAGAGCCAAAUCAGAAUGCUGUAUUUCCAUCCAGGUUACCCAAUCAACGAAUUCCUCAACCUGAAUAUACUUCACUUUUACCAUUGUUGAUUGCUGCUGGUCGUAAUGAUAUCAACAUUGGUCAAUAUAAUAUUAUAAGCGAAAGAAAUUCAUUGAGAAAAAUUGCAAUGAACAAUGAAAAUUAUGUAGUAGGUGUGCAAAAGUUUGCUUCAACAUUAUUUCUAAGACGUUAUGAUCGUCGGAUCGUUGAUAUGAGUGAUUUUGGACAUCGAUUUGAACAAAUGUGUACACCUGAUUAUCAUCUCAAAGCUAAUUACUAUCAAUUGAUCGAAAGACGUUUUGGCAACCUCACAAUGUUAAUAACAGCUGAAACCGAUGCGAUCUGUAAGACAAGUGG